GAAUCGCAUUGGAUGCACUUAUUAAGGCUCAGGAUUUAGAAUUUCGUAUUUGAAAAGUGCUACGGACAAAAAGUCGAAUGCGUCCCAUGGCAAUUUCUACCAACGCCUAGAUUUUCAUCUGCCCACAUUGUUCUCGCGAGCAAAAUCUGAAAAUUCACACUACCGACCUGAAAUAAGAUAUAGUCAUGUCUGAAUCUCUCAACGUGAUUGCCUUGGUAUCAGGCGGAAAAGACAGUUUCUUCUCAAUAUUACAUUGCAUUCAAAAUGGACAUAAAAUCGUCGCUCUAGGAAAUCUUCAUCCACCUCUCACUGAGCCACAAACGGGAGAAAGCAAUGGUAUUCACAAGGAUGAAAAUGACCUCAAUAGUUUUAUGUAUCAGACUGUGGGGCAUACCAUUAUACCGUUGUAUGAAGAGGCUCUCGGCAUUCCAUUAUACCGACAGGCUAUUGUUGGCAGUGCUGUUCAAACGGGGACGAGUUAUGACGAUGCGGAUCUCACGAGUUCGGAUGCUGAAGAAUCGGUAGAAAAGAAGAGAGACACGGAUGGGGAUGAAACGGAAUCGCUGGUUCCUUUGUUACAAAGAAUCAAAGAUGCGCACCCUGAGGCAAAUGCUCUAAGUACCGGUGCAAUACUCUCUACAUAUCAACGAACGCGCGUGGAAUCCGUGGCCAUGCGAAUGGGACUCGUACCUCUUUCGUUCUUGUGGCAGUAUCCGAUUCUUCCCCCUGGAAUGCAGAUUUCUCUUCUGCAGGAUAUGCAAGCUGUAGGAUUGGAUGCGAGGAUUAUCAAGGUGGCGAGUGGUGGACUCGACGAGAGUUUCUUGUGGGAAAAUGUUGCGUGUGAGAAGGGGAUGCGGAGAGUGGAGAGAGCCAUGAAAAGAUUCAGUGUCGAUGGUGAUGGAGCUGUGUUGGGUGAAGGUGGAGAGUUUGAAACUCUGGUUGUGGAUGGACCGAGCUGGCUGUUUAAAAAGAGAAUAGUAGUGGAGACAAAAGACACGAGGGUCGUGAGGGAAGGUGGAGGCUCUGCUUGGAUACAGAUAAGUAGGGCUUCUUUAGUGGAUAAAGAGAGCAUCGAGAGCAAGGAAAAGUCUUGUCGAGUACCAGAAUUGCUUGAUCAGAGAUCCUCGGAAAUCCUAUCCGCCUUGGACAAAAAUGAUCAUUCCUACGACCCCUCCACAUCAGGCACACCGGGUAGCGAAACAUCGGCGUCGCCAACGUGGGAGCUCAAAUCUUCGAGUGCUAAUGGCAUCGAAGGCGGCAACAUGACACAUUGGACAAUCACACCAGAGAGUGCCUCUUGCUCAUCGAUAUUAGACGAAGCCAAAAGUGUUGUAGAAUCCAUAAAAGUGCGACUUAAUCAAGCAUCGUUGAAAACCACCGACAUUGUUUCGACCAUGAUUAUGCUACGCUCAAUGGAAGAUUUCACAACGAUCAACAAGAUUUACGGCACUCUCUUCCCUCAUCCCAAUCCACCAUCUCGCGUGACCAUCUCCUGCGGAUCCUCGAUGCCCUCAAGCAUAUCUCUAAUAGUUCAUCUCACAUUACAUAUUCCCUCGACUAUCUCAACGCCCCGUAAAGCCCUACACGUACAAUCGCGCUCCUACUGGGCCCCCGCCAACAUCGGACCAUACUCUCAAGCCAGUUCACUCCCCUCCUCGCUCUCCUCCUCCCAAACCUUCACCAUCGCCGGACAAAUCCCCCUCAUCCCCCACACCAUGCUUCUCCCCAGCUCAUCGCCCUCACCCUCACCCUCAUCUCCCUUCCACAUCUCCACCAUCCUUUCCCUCCAACAUCUCCUCCGCAUCGCAGACGCCACAUCCAUCAAAUGGUUCACCAGCGCCUGCAUCUACAUUCCCAACCCCAACCCCUCCUCCCCCUCCUCCACAUCCACCCUCUCAAAACUCGCCUACCAAGCCUGGAAACACAUCCACGACCUCCCAACCCAAGACUCCCACUCCGACGACUCCGACUCCGACUCCGAACCGCGCGAUCUCUGGGAAGAAAAAUUCCGGUACUCCAACACCGCCCCCCUCUCAACCGAACACACGACAACCACAUAUCCCGACCACAAUAUCCUGCAAACGGUCACCCCUACGAUCCCACCUUUCUGGACCGCGGAGGUGGAUUCCUUGCCCCGUGGAAGCGAGGUAGAGUGGCACGCGCAUGUGGGCAUAUGUGAUGGUCCUAUCGAUAUAAAGAAUAUUGAGACGCUCGAGCACCGCGGCAAUUCGCUCACGACUUCAUCUACACGCCAUACUGUUCUUACUUUCCCCUAUGAUGUCAUUCCUUCGUAUGAUGAUCUCAAAGAUGACUAUGGUAAUCGAGGGUUGAUUCAUUUAGUUUACGUGGAUACAUCGCUUGUUGAUGUGAAUGAACUUUUAAGUACAGGAUGGGAAGGUAAGGGGGUGAUACCUUGCAAAAGUUUAUGGGAUGGCGAGGGGAGAAGAUUGAGUACUGUGAUUGUGUUUUGGGGAGAUGCGAGGUAGAGAUAAAUAAAAAAGACUUUAUGAUGUUGAAUGGAUUGCAGACUGGGAUAUGUAUCUAAUAAAUAUCUGGUAUGAUA